ACAUCAUCACUCAUCAGGUUUUACAUUAAAAUAUAAGAUUUUCUCAUAGCAGAAACGUUUUGUUCGAAGGGUUCAACUUUAGUGAGUUGAAAAUUUAAAGUGAAAUUUCUUUCAAAUCUACAUAUUCAAUAUGGGAGUGAAUCUGACCGAAGGAUGUAUUAAGGAUAUCAUGCUGGAUGAGGAAAUAAACUCCCCAAUAGUUCAAAUUUUGAGCUAUAGAAAGUUUUGUAAGUGGAACACGGUCAUCGUUUCGGAUGGAAUGUUCUUCACUGAACCCUCAGCAGCGUUAGUUGGAUCUGCUGCUAUGUUGGCUAUUAAUGGAGAAUUACAGCCCUACAGUGUGGUUGUCUUGGACGAUUACAGAACCGUCAAAAUGCACCACCCCAAAGGACAUUCGAUGAUGUUAACGAUUCUUAAAAUGACCAUAUUGAGAAAGGGCGAUGCCGUAGCAAGACAAAUCGGUAAUCCGAUCUCUGCCAUUGAAUUUCAAUUUAAAGGGCUCAGCAGCUUUGAAAAAUUGCUGUUGGAGAAAGCAAAGACGUUACCAAUAGCAGCGUUGGAUCCUGGCAAUGAUCGUUGGUCAAUUAAAGCUCGAAUUUUGAGCAAAACAUGUAUACAGUCGAAUUCAAACGAUGAAUUCUUCAACAUGGAACUCGCCGAUUCGUCUGGCACAAUAUCAGCGACUGCUUACAACGAUGCUUGUCGUUAA